UUGUUUUGAAAGGCAGAAGCACGAAAGGCUUUUCCCUCAGGCACAUCGCGGACAGUAGGGGGGCAUUUAUUUUGAAAUAUUCCCACCCCUCGGUAGUGGAAAUGAGAGGGAAACGGGUUUUUUCCGCCGCCUUCGCCGAAAGACCAGCUGUUAACUGAGGCCCGAUGGAUGCGAGGAGGAACAGAGGGCCGGCGCGCGCCUACGGCAGAGGCGACGCGCGGACAGGCGCCGAGCGCAGGGGUAGAGGAGGAGCGCGCGGCGGGCGCCACCACCGCGGGAGGUUCGCGAGGGAGUUCGAGCGCGGCAGAGGGCGGCGCGGGCCGCACGCGGAAGCACCGCCGAGCCAACAGUGUGAAGAAAACCUCCACGAAGACCUUGAGGAUGAGGUGCCGGACGUGUUCUCGAGGAGGAAGGUGGAGUCCAACUGGAGCCGCUACGAGGCAGCCGAGCAGGAGGAGCGCAGCGAAGAGCAGCCCACGCGGAGAGGAACGGACUACCACGCUCUGCUCGGCUCCGCAGGCAGUUCCUUUACUCAGUUCCGUUUAGCUGAAGAGAAGGACUGGCUUACGGAGUCAUUUGCCACCUGUCAGAUGUCCGUUGUGUCUGUGGACCUUCAGGAACUGGCGCAGUCUCUCCAGCACCUUCCGCUGGCCCUCAAGCUGAACUUUGAACAGGAGCAGCUACAGGUUUCUUUCCCAGUGGCGCUUCCUACUACAUCAAGAAAGAUGAACCCAGAAGGUGCUGUAAUCGGUCAGGUCAAACCCAGCGAGAAGGUGCAGAUGGAAAGCCCUGGAUACCAGCUGACUGCCCCAGCUUCACACGACAUCUCGCACUCAGGGGAAAAUGUUCCUCUGCAAAUCUCCACCAAGUCCACGUCUCUGGCAGAGGAUUUAAAUGAGGAGCUGGAUUUUCUCCUCACUUCGAACACUCCUAUGAAAAAUAUGAAUGAGUCCCCAGCCACUGACUUUAGUAAAGGAAAGAUGUGUGUCCCAGAUCCGGUGGGGGACUCGAAACUGCAGCCCUUCGCGGAUGACCAAUUCAAGUCAGAUCCGGGGACAAGAACGGAGGCAGCAGAAGAGGACUUAGAAGACUGGCUGGACUCUAUGAUCUCUUGAAGGCCUGAACUGCGUUUACUUUGCUUGACUCAACUGUACGACCUCUUCAGUCUGUUAUGCCAACAUGGACUACCAAGCAGAUGUUGCGUUCAUCCUCUUAUAACCAGUGGAAUGAUUGUUGGCAAAGACCGUAAAGGAUGCUUUAUGCAGAAUUAAACUAAAGGCUUAUGCUGAAAA